GAAGCCUGGGCAGACAUUCUCGUUGUCGCGAACCUGGCACUUGCCGCUUCUCAUGGUCCGCGGGACCUACACCCUUCUGCUACAAUUUCACAGGAUUCAUCCGGAAGUUGCGAAAGCUCGAGAUGCACAUCCCUACGAGUACUACAGCAAUGUGAUCAAUAGCCAGUUCUACAGGCCAGCCGGAGACGUCAUGUCGUGCUACACACUGCACGAAGAAGUACUGGCGAGCCGACAAAUCAAUAUUUUGCGAGACUUUCGUGAUGCUAUCAUAGCUUUCUUGAUCGCUGCAAGUUCUUCACGCGCGAUUGGCAGCCACUUUCCUGUGUGGUCAAGAGGGAUUCUGCCACAGAUCAGCGGAUUCCUCUUCAUAGGAAUUCUGGUUGGGCCCUAUUGUGCGAACCUGGUCUCCCAGAUGCACAUCACAAUUAUUGGUGGCAUGAUCAACAAGGUCUCCUUGGCGUUUAUUGCAGGUGCAGCUGGAGCCGAGAUCUUUCUUCCAGAACUGCAGGGCCUUCUGAAGCCAAUGGCACUUCAGGUGCUCCUCAUUUGUACAGCAACAGUCACCUUCUGUGCCACGGGAAUCUUCUUCUUGGAGUCGUCCCAGCUCCUCUCAGUCACCUCGGUCUCCAUGCAGCCCAACCUGAUGGCCAAAGCCAGCAUUUCUUUGCUCAUGGGAGCUCUGAUGACAGCGCGUAGUCCUGCAAGCGCCAUUGCCAUCAUCGCAGAACUGAAGUGUGGCGAUACUAAGGCUGGCAGCAUGGCCAUUGGGAUCACAGUUCUCAGUGAUAUUGCCGUGCUGGUCCUCUUUGCACUAUGCUCCCAGCUCGUUCGAGCUACUUCCAGCGGCGAGGAUCUAGGGCCCUAUGUGCUUCUGGGUGUCUUCUUUGAGCUUGGCAUCUCGAUUCUCAUGGGCUACGCGACUGGACAGCUGAUGCGUUUGGCCUUGCCUCCACGGCUAGAAGCAGACUGUCAAUAUGACAUGUGCACCAAGAAGGGGGAGGAGAAGGCACACCGCCCACAGAAGUCUCAGAUUGGAUCGGUCCUUUUGGGAUUUCUGCUGAUUUUUAUCCUUUAUGCUGUCUUUUGUGUGGCCGAAGGGUGCAGUGACUGGACGGGUGGGAAGCUGUGUUUGGAGCCGUUGCUGGUUUGCACAGUGGCUGCCUGCGUUUGUGGCCACGACGAACUUCGUCGUGAGGGUCUCUUAGAGGCGCUGGCAGCAUGGACGCCUUUGGUCCUCUUGCCUUUCUUCACAUUGGCGGGAGCUUCGCUUCAACUGUCGAGCCUAAGCCAAGUUCUACCAGCAGCUCUUUGUUUGGUGGUCUUGCGAGCUUUGGGUGUUGCUGCUGGCAGUGCAGGUGCUGGCGCUCUUAGCCGGCUUUUUUUGCCGCAGUCACACACUUCCAAGGAAACUGUGCAAUAUACUUGGCUAACAUUACUGGCACAGGCUGGUGUUACUUUGGGCCUUGUUCUGGAGGUGCAGCACACCUUUAAGGGUGCAUGGACCCAGCCCUUUGCCACACUGAUCAUCAGCGUCGUGGUGAUCAAUCAACUCAUUGGACCCGUCUGUUGUAGGCUUGGUCUGCAAAAGAUUCUUGCUGCUGAAGAGCAAGAGGAGGAGGACAUUGAAAUGGGCUCCUGUAGUCCAAGCUCCCCGAGCUCCGAUGGUUC